AUGGCCUUUUUCCGCGUUACCCUCCACCGCUCCGCCAUCGGUCUACCCGAGCGCACGCGCGGCGUGCUGGCCGCCCUGGGCCUGCGCAAGCGCACCCAGACCGUCUACCACCCCGUCUCGCCCCAGUUUGCCGGUAUGAUUUACAAGGUCAAGGAGCUGGUCAAGGUGCAAGAGGUCGACCGCGCCCUGACGCCCAAGGAGAUGCGCGAGGAGAGGAGGCCCGAGAGGGGGUUUUACCUCGAGACGCCGCGGGUGUAG